UUAAAAGUUGAAUAUUUCAGCAGUUAUGAGAUCUCUCGGAUUGCGGUUUAGCUUUUAAGUCACGAAAACUUCAUAGUCUUUGUCCAUAUAAUUAAAAUUUCAUUUGGUGAAAGCCGAUUGAGCACCUUGUGUAGCAGUUCGACGUUAAGUAUGUGCAACGGCUGUUAAUAAUCUUGCCAAAUUCUAUCGAAACGCACGCUUGUUUUGUAAAACAUAGAUAGUUUUUAUUGAAUUCAGUUUGGAGGCAAAUUCUGAACGAAUAAAUAAGAAUUUUAGGGGUCUAAAAUCGAAAUAAAAAAAGACUCCAUGUCAUCUAUUGCAAGGAAUAGAGAGUGUUUCGAAGUCUAGAAGCCUUUUGUUCGAGAAAUUACUAUAGUCCAGAAUAGAACAUACAUUCCAAAUUUUCGAGUUAAAGCAUCAACGAAAAAUGCUUGAACUCGGCAUCAACCGCAGAAAGGAUGGCUGUCUUCCUUAAAUUGAAAUAGUAAUGAAAGUUUAAAAACUCUGAACAAACCCACAAAAAGUUUUCUGGAGUUCUUUCGGAUCUGUUCCUCAAUAUGGACAUGAAAUUUUUUUAUCGAUCCGUAUAGAAGUCGGCGUCCUCUUUCAUUCGAGAUCAAACUCAUGAUUUUUGGAUAGGGACUGCGGAUUUCAUGAGCUUUGCAAAAGAGGCUAUUUCUGCUGGAAAAUGGUGAAAAAUCCGAAAAAAUGUGAAUGAGCAGUACCUAGCGAGCACUCUGUAUCUACAAGAAAUAUCAGACUAUUAGCGGUUAUAGUUCUGAAGAUCCAGAAAGGGAAUACUUUUCUAGAGUGAUAUAUACAACUCUGUAAAAAACUUAUCUUAUUAAAACAGAAACAUAAAAUUAUAAUAUUUUCAAAAUAAUUGUGACAUUAUUUAGCCUGUCGUCUCCUCUACCUAGCCAUUAGGCAUGCACCGAGCCCGACUACUCGAUAGAUUGGAAGAAUCAAGCAGUCGAGUAUCUUGAGUAGGACUUGGACUCAAUGCAUGCCUACUAACCAUAUGAAAAUAAAACUCUGAUUUUCUCAUAGGGGACCUUAUGUAGUUUUACUCUUUUUUAGAAUUUAUGCAACAAAUAAAGCAAAACCUUCUUUUCGACGUAUGAUAACGUAUACAACAGAAUAUGACAGUGAAAGUAAACAUCAAUUACCGAUAUUCGUUCAUUAUGUCAUAACGAAAGAAAAUGUUGAUGAUGUUCAAAAAAUGCAAAAUGCUCAACAAGUAAUAUCUCCAACCCAAACUGUCCGUGAUCGUACUCAAAUAUACAACUCAAGACGACAAUUAACAAUACCACUCGAAGAACAGUACAGAAGUAUUAUGAAAAGUUUACAAGAUGAGAAUUCUAUAGUAUCACAUCUUUCAAUGAGUCGCCAACAAGCGCCAAUCGUUAUAUUGGAUUAUGAACAUCAAAUGAAAGAAUUACUACGCAAUUGUAUCAAUUUAAACCAGACAGAAUCCAAAUCCAUUUUAUGCUUAGAUACAACAUUUAAUCUCGGAAAAUUCUUUGUAACACCGACAACAUUUCAACAUAUAGCACUUGAACGACGUCAACAGGUACUAAGUACAGUAUUUGAUGAACCAGAAAGUAUUAUAGAAUCCGAAACCAAUGAAAUAUUCGACGAACGUUUAUCAGAAAUGAAACCUAAAUGGGAUGAAAUAUUGCCUAGUUUUUCUGUAUGGUUCGAUAGAUAUCAAUCAAAAACGUUUCGUAAUCAUAUGAUCUCGUCCGUUAGACUUCAAGCUGGUCACAUGAGCAGUGGACAUCCACGGUUAUUUUAUAAUAAUGACUGCGAAGCGACUUUAAAUCAUGCACUAAAAAACGAAACCAAUUGGAACCAACGUCCGUUAACAGAUAUCGUUGAUUUAAUUGGUAAAGCAGCAAUUGCACAAAAAAACGAAAUAAUUCGAUCGUUUUAUGGCCUUGGUGAUUUCGAACUUGUGGGUUCGUACGCACGCUAA